UUUCCACCCUCACCAGUAUUAAAAUGCUGCCUGAGCUGGACUUCCGCGCCGCCGUCGCGGCCACAGCGGCCCUCGCCCUGGGCGCGCUGCCUGCUGGGCGCCGGCUCAUCAGCGCCCGGGGCGCGCUGCGCAAGCCGUCCCCGGCCCUGUACGAGGACGCCGACGGGACUGCCUCCCCCGAGGCCCUGGCGGCCUUCUCGAACCGCCGCCCCCUGAUCGCCGUGUUUACCGCUGCCCUCGCCGGGCUGGGCGUCUCAGUCGCCCGGGGGACUCUGGCGGCCAUCACCGCCCAGCACGCCCCCGUCCCCGUCCCCGUCCCCGACAUGCUCCCGCUGCUGGCCUGGUUCCUGCUGCUGAUCCCCAUCGUGGACGCCGCCCGGGAGACCGACCCCGUCGCGCGCUUCCACCGCGCCCUCCUCACACUCCCUGCCGCGGGGCUGGUUGCUGUUGUCCUCCUGGCCGCCCUGCAGACCACGGGCAGCAAUACCCCGCUAUACACGCUCGACGCGGUGCAGCUGGCCCUGUUGGCGGGCGUGGUGGUCGCCCUGGGCUUCAUCCAGCGCCGCCCGGCGGUGUCUGUGGCCGGGCGCCCCGUGGACGCCGAGCAGUCGAGCGCGCUGUGGGCGCGCCUGAGCUUUGCCUGGGCCGGGCCUGUCCUGCGCGCGGGCGCCGCGGAGCAGCUGGAGGCCAACAACAUGCCCCUGCCGCCGCACAGCGUGCGUGUCGCGCAGACAACGGCCGUGUUCGACAGCCUGAUUCUGAAUGAGCGGCUGCCCCUGUGGGCUCGUCUGGGCUGGCGCUUCCGCUCGUCGCUGCUCAUUCUGUGGAUUGCCAUUCUGGUCUCCAAUUUCUUCGACGUCGCGCCGGCGUUUGCCACCCUGCAGCUGCUCAAGUACCUCGAGCGCCGCGAGCUCGACCCGGACACGGUCGACCGCCACGCCUGGAUCUACGUGGUGUCCAUCCUGGCGGCCACCGUCAGCUCCAAGUUUGUCGACACGCGGAUUAUGUGGUGGGGGGUGGGCAAGCUGGUUCUCCCGCUGCGGUCGACGCUGACGGGGGUCAUGUACCGCAAGAUGCUGCGGCGGCGGCUGGUUGAAGACGCCAACAACAAGGACAGCGACAACACGGAUGAACCCGUUGGACCCCCGAAGCGAGGAUCUCCGGGGGGGAAGCGGAAACCCGGGGACGAGGACGGCGCGCAGGAUGUGGUCAACAUGUUCGCCGUGGACUGCAACCAGAUCGCCAUGUUCGCCGUGCAGAGCUCGCAGUACAUCAAUCUUGCGGGCAAAUUCAGUGUGACUGUCGUCUUCCUGUGGCUGUUGAUGGGCUGGCAGUCGCUCGCGAUGGGCCUGUUGGGCAUCGCCGUGCUGUUCCCCAUCAACCGCACCCUGGCGGCUCGCUAUGGCCGCAAACAGAAGAUCCUGAUGCGCAUCCGUGAUCGCCGCGCAACCAUCGCAUCGGAAAUGCUGCAUGGCAUCCGCCAGAUCAAGUUUGGGGCCAGUGAAGACCAGUGGGCGGCGCAGCUGGGUGCUAUCCGGGACGAAGAGCUGGCCGUGUUGUGGCAGACACGCUUGAACAACAUCUACAUGGCCGUCGCCUCCGAGUUCACCCCGGUGGUAUUGACUGCAUUCUCGCUCACGACAUAUGUCCUGGUCCAUGGCUCCCUGGGGCCGGCGGUUGCCUUCACGGCCAUCAGCGUCUUCCUCCAGCUGGAAGGGCUUGUCUCGGGACUUCCAUUCCUACUCGUCAUGUUCAUCAACGCAAAGGUGAGCUGUGAUCGAAUUGAUCGCUUCCUGCGCACACCCGACCGUCCGGUAGCCACGCAUCCAGGCCCCUCCGUGGCCUUUCACAACGCCUCGCUGGCGUUUCCGACCAACAAGAAGAACGACAAUGGCGACGACCGGUUCGUCCUGCGGGACGUCAAUCUCAACUUCCCCCCCGGCAAGUUCAGCGUCAUCUCCGGCCCAACGGGAAGCGGCAAGUCCUUGCUUCUGGCCGCCAUCCUCGGCGAGGCAGACGUGCUCGCGGGCGCAGUCCAUGUGCCCCCUACCGCCGGGGCGGGGAUGGCGUUUGUUGCGCAGUCGCCCUGGCUUGAGAACGCGACAGUCCGUGAUAACAUCCUGUUUGGCGCCGAGUUCGAUGCCGCCCGCUACGGCAAGACCGUCGCAGCCUGUGCGCUGCUGCCGGAUCUCGCCAUGUUCCCAGACGGAGAUGAUACCGUCAUCGGCACGCAGGGCGUCACUCUCAGCGGCGGGCAAAAGUGGCGGGUCUCUCUAGCCCGCGCCUUGUAUUCCCGGGCAAGCGUGUUGGUGCUUGAUGAUGUGUUUAGUGCCCUGGACGCCCAUGUCGGGCGCCAUGUGCUUGACAAUGCACUGUAUGGUGAACUCGCGCAGGGCCGCACGCGCAUCCUGGCCACACACCACGCCUCCAUGUGUCGCCCGGCAUACUCGGUCAGAUUGGCAGACGGCCGGGUUGAGUUUGCCGGUGUCGAGCUCGAGGAGAAAGAAGAGAUUCAAGAUGAUCAAGAGGAUACCGGACCGGCCUUCACCCAGUCGAAAAAGGUCGAGGCAGACGUCGAAACACGCAGCAAAGGGCGCAUCGCCGCGGCCAUCUACAAGGGAUACCUGGGAGCCUCGGGGGGUCCGCUCAUGCUGCUGCUCAUCGUGAUCUUGUUUGCCCUGUCGCAGACCUUUGUGCUGGGCCGGACAUACUGGGUGCGCAUCUGGGCCAACGCAGGCCAGGAAGCGUCGCCGAGAACGUUCAACAUGCAUACUCUCCAGACUCUGAUGAUGCCGAAUGAUCAUACGGUCCAGGCUGCCUCCUCGCACAGCGUGUGGUUCUACUUGGGCGUGUACUGCGCCAUCUCCGGCGUCUCGGUGGCAGUCACCAUCGCCCGGCUGGCAUGUGUGUAUACAGCCUCGCUGCGGGCCUCGCGCAAGAUCUUCAUGCAGAUGCUCCAUUCCAUCCUGCACGCCCCCCUCCGUUGGCUCGACACCGUCCCUGCAGGCCGUAUUCUGAACCGGUUCACGGGCGACUUCAACUCCAUGGACACGGGCUUACCGCAGAGCUUCUAUGCCCUGGCGGCAAUGGGGUGGGAGCUGCUGGGUAUCCUUGUUGCUGCCAUCUUCGUGACGCCCUGGAUGGCCAUCGUGGCAGUGCUGUUGAUCUCCCUCUGUGUGAUGAUUGCCCAGCGCUAUAUCGCCGCUGCACGAUCCAUCAAACGCAUCGAGUCGAUUUCCAAAUCACCCGUCAUCACCCAUUUCUCCACCACGCUCCGCGGCCUGGCGACAAUCCGGGCGUUCAAUGAGACCGCCGCCUUCACAGACCGCAUGUACACAAUGAUUGAUCAGUAUGCCGCCUGUACAUGGCACGACGCCCUGCUUCGGGGCUGGUUGAUGCUGAGGGUUGGCUUCACGUCGGCCCUGUUGGCCGUCACCACCGCCUUCUGCGUCGUCUCCAUCCCGGGGGUCGAUGCUGGGUUGGCAGGCUUUGCCCUUUCCUUUGCCCUGAACUUUAGCCAGGCCGUGGGCCGCAGCAUUCGUGUUGCCACAAUGGCCGAGUUGGACAUGAAUGCCGCCGAGCGGAUCCUUGAAUACCGCGAUAUUGCCACGGAGCCGACAGAUGGCGACCUUGUCCGGGCCAGUUGGCCAGAACACGGCCGCAUACAAGUGCAGGGUCUUGAGGUUGGGUACGCAGAGGAACUGCCUACAAUCCUCAAAGGGUUGACCUUCACUGCUGAGGCGCGACAGCGGAUCGGUGUCGUUGGACGGACGGGAGCUGGCAAAUCUACCCUAUCGUUGGCGCUGUUCCGUCUCCUGCACGCCCGGCAGGGAAGUAUUGUGAUUGACGGGGUGGACAUCAGCACCAUCCGUCUUGAUCUCCUGCGUUCUCGCCUCGCCAUCAUCCCGCAGGACCCGGUGCUCUUCUCCGGCACCAUUCGUUCCAACCUCGACCCGCAGAGCAGAUACAGCGACAUGGAGCUGUACGAUGCCCUGCGCCGGGUCCAUCUCUUGCCCUCCACCGCACCGCAGUCUGACUCCGACUCGGGUACCCUCACUCCGAACGCGCAAGAGGCCGUCAACAUCUUCCUCUCCCUAGACUCUCCGAUUGCAUUGGGCGGGAACAAUCUCUCGCAGGGCCAGAAACAGCUGCUCUGCCUGGCGCGCGCGAUCUUGACCCGCCCCAAGAUUCUGAUCAUGGAUGAGGCAACCUCGGCGGUUGACGGAGCCACAGAUCAACUGAUCCAGCGCUCCAUCAGGGAGUCAUUCAUAGAUACGACCCUCAUUGUGGUGGCGCAUAGGCUCAGCACAGUCAUGGACUUUGACCGGAUUCUGGUCAUGCAGGACGGCGUCGCCGCGGAAUUUGGCGUGCCUGAGGAUCUGAAGCAGAAGGAAGGGGGUGUUUUUGCCUCGAUGGUCCAGCAGCAUGCGGGAGGGAAUACUGGGCUGUAGCAUGAAUAGGUAAAAAACCAGAACUCAAGUUGGGCUGCCUUGGGUCAAACCGGUUACAAGUCUAUUUCUUGAGUCGUCUUGUCCGAGUGGACAGUGGGCUCCUAGAUUAGAAGAAGGGGAACAUGGAGCAGCUCAUGGUGAGGAUGGCACUUUCAGAGUUGAGGCAAAGAGACAGCAAGCCGAAAGAGCAUGUGCAGGAGAGGAACAGAAACCUGUAUUUUAUACUAUGGCCAGGGAGCCAGCUUUACAUUUAGAAAAUGAAAUUUUACUUAAAAGGAU